AUGGAAGUGUCUACAAUACGAGUGGUAGCAUGGGUGCUUGCUAAUAUAUUUCGCAAUAAGAACCUUACACUCACCCCAGAACAGCUGAAGGAAUCCAUCGCCACUCUCAAGGUGUUAGUCAACUAUCGUGACGAGGAAGUCAACGUGGACGCUUUGUGGGCCCUUUCGUACCUGUCAGAGCAGGGCGAUGAAGAGAUCGAGGGAGUGCUUCGUGAAGACCUCCUUCCCGUCAUCGUGCGUCACCUGGGGUCAGAUCGGAGUCAGAUGAUUGUUCCUGCCCUACGGGCAUCAGGCAACAUCGUUAGCGGCAACGACUUGCAGACGGAAGCUGCCCUGGCGGCUGGUGUUUUGCCACUGUACAAGCAGUUGCUGCGGAACACGCGCAGGAACAUCCGUAAAGAGACGGCGUGGGCUCUCUCCAAUGUCACGGCUGGGACCAGAGGGCAGAUCCAGCAGGUGGUUGACGAGGAUUUACUUCUUGAUCUCGUAAUCGACCAAGGUUGUAUUACCUUCUUCAAUAAUUUGAUAUUUGUGAGAUAUCAAGCUCAUCAUGCUGAAACUGGGAUCACACUGAUCAGAGUAAAUGUGGGUAUGCUACUGUUGAGACUGAGGAUUGUAAAGAUGGAGUAUAGGCAGGAUUUUAUUAGGGCAGAGGGUGGUACACGAACGACGUACAAAAGGAAGCGGACGUGGGCGCUCUCCAACCUAACCUCGGGAGGCACGCCGAGCCAGAUUGAAGCACUAGUCGCUGCAGGCGGCGUGGAAGCACUCGUAACAGUCUUAGGUGUUUUUGAAACUUCUGUCGUCACCGUGGCCCUCGAGGGGCUUGAUAACAUCCUGGCGGUAAGUAUGGAAGUGAGCGUUCCUACUGUGAGUGGAACAGGGCCCACAAGAUUUAAAAAGGAAUACUUUGCCAUGGUGUUGAAACAACUGUGUGGUAAAGGUAUAAAGGGUCUAUGCAUUAUAGUGUGCAGGGGUGGAUGUGGGUAUGCGGAGUGUGGGGACAAGCAAGCAAUCGUUCAAAAGAUAGCAGAGGCUGGAGGAAAGGAGAAACUCGAGAUCCUACAACGGAACACGGAUGAGACAGUGAGUAACAAAGCCAAAGGUCUACUUGAAAUGCAUUUUGAUAACAAGAGAGACAACAGUGAUGAGAGCGAUAACGAAAGCCAGGAAGAUGCCUUGGAUAACUAA